AUGUCGCAGUCCGUCUUCGCCUACGUCAAGCGUUGCGCCGCCGUGGCGUGGCCUGGCAGCGCGCUGGUCCGCGCUAGGGACGUCAGGGUGGGGGGAGCCAUGGCGUUCACCGUGAGCCCCAUCCGGCUCGCGUGGCGCACGGCGUACGUGUGCGUCACCACGGCCGUGGCCAUGCUGCUGCCCUUCUUCGGCUCCGUCGUGGGACUCAUCGGCGCGCUGGGGUUCUGGCCGCUCACCGUCUACUUCCCCGUGGAGAUGUACAUAGCGCAGCGCCGGGUGCCGCGGGGGAGCAGGCGGUGGAUGCUCUUGCAGGGGCUCAGCGCCGGGUGCCUUGUUGUGUCCGUUGCUGCCGCGGCGGGGUCCAUCGCCAGCGUCGUGGAAGACCUCAAGGCGCACAAUCCCUUCUGCUGGUCGUGCUGA